AUGGGCCGCCUGCAGCUGCUGCUCGUCGACAACUUCAAGUCGUGGCGGGGCCGCCAGGUCGUCGGGCCCUUCCGCGGCUUCACCUGCAUCGUCGGCCCCAACGGCUCGGGAAAAUCUAAUGUUAUGGAUGCACUUAGUUUUGUAAUGGGAGAGAAAACAGCUAAUUUAAGAGUGAAAAAUAUUCAAGAACUUAUUCAUGGAGCACAUAUUGGGAAACCCAUUUCCUCUUCUGCAAGUGUAAAAAUUAUUUAUGUGGAGGAAAGUGGAGAAGAGAAAACAUUUGCAAGAAUUAUUCAAGGGGGCUCCUCAGAAUUUCAUUUCAAUGAUAAACCUGUGAGUCGCUCUGUUUACAUAGCGGAGUUGGAAAAGAUCGGCAUAAUAGUCAAAGCACGCAACUGUCUCGUUUUCCAGGGAACUGUGGAAUCUAUCUCAAUGAAAAAGCCCAAAGAAAGAACCCAUUUCUUUGAGGAAAUUAGCUCAUCAGGAGAACUUAUAGGAGAAUAUGAAGAAAAGAAAAGAAAGUUACAGAAAGCUGAAGAGGAUGCACAAUUUAAUUUUAAUAAGAAAAAAAAUGUAGCUGCAGAACGCAAACAUGCGAAACUAGAGAAAGAAGAGGCAGAACGUUAUCAAAACCUUCUUGAAGAACUAAAAAUAAGCAAGAUACAACUGCAACUUUUUCAACUAUAUCACAAUGAGAAAAAAAUUAACUUUCUGACCAUUGAGUUAGAGCAUGUCAAUAAGAAUUUGAGUGACAUCAAAGAAUCUCUUUUUCAUCAUGAAACCAUAAUGAAAGCCCAGAAAAAGGAACAUGGAGCACUAACCAGACAACUGCAGCAAACAGAAAAAGAGUUAAAAUCUCUUGAAGCACUUUUAAAUCAGAAGAGACCUCAGUACAUUAAAGCCAAAGAGAAUACUUCUUACCACCUCAAGAAAUUAGAUGCGGCUAAGAAAUCAAUAAAGGACAGCGAAAAACAAUGUUCCAAACAAGAAGAGGACGUCAAAGGCCUGGAGUCCGAGCUGGCUGAUCUAGGCGUUGCCUGGAAAAGUUUUGAAAAGCAGCUUGAAGAAGAAAUGUUACAUAAAGGGCGUGACAUUGAGUUAGAAGCCAGUCAGCUUGAUCGUUACAAAAUACUUAAGGAACAAGUUAGAAAGAAAGGUGGCUAUAUGACUCAACCUGAAAAGCUGCAGUGGGAGCAGAAGGCUGGAGAAAGACUGGUGCUCGAGCAGCGGCGACACGGAGAAGUGCAGGAAAAUCUAAAACAAACAGAAGAACAAAUAGAAGACCAUAAGAAACGAAUAGAGAAGUUGGAGGAGUAUACAAAAACAUGCAUGGAUUGCUUGAAAGAGAAAAAGCUGCAAGAGGAAAACCUCGUGAAUGAAAUAGGAAAAACAAAAUCAAGAAUGUCCGAAGUUAAUGAGGCGUUGAAUGAUAUUCGAAACGAAUUGCAAAAUGCUGGAAUUGAGAAUCAUGAAGGAAGACGUCAGCAGAAGAGAGCAGAGAUUCUAGAAAACCUUAAGAGACUUUACCCAGAUUCAGUGUUUGGAAGACUGCUUGACCUGUGUCAUCCAAUUCAUAAGAAGUACCAGUUGGCUGUCACAAAACUUUUUGGCCGCUAUCUAUUUGCCAUUGUUGUAGCUACAGAGAAGGUAGCAAGGGAUUGUAUUCGAUUCCUGAAGGAGGAAAGAGCUGAACCGGAGACGUUUCUUGCGCUAGAUUACCUUGAUAUGAAGCCGAUCAACGAAAGGCUGAGAGAGAUCAGAGGCUGCAAGAUGGCGAUUGAUGUCAUCAAGACUCAGUCUCCUCAGCUGAGGAAAGUCAUUCAGUUUGUGUGUGGGAACGGCCUUGUGUGUGAGACAGUGGAAGAGGCAAAGCACAUCGCCUUUGGUGGGACCGAAAGGCGGAAGACAGUAGCUCUUGAUGGGACAUUAUUUUCAAAGUCUGGUGUGAUCUCUGGAGGGUCGAGUGACUUAAAAUACAAGGCAAGGUGCUGGGAUGAAAAAGACUUAAAGAAUUUAAGAGAGAGAAGAAGCCAGCUAAUCCAGGAGCUAAAGGAUUUAAUGAAGGCCCUACGCAAGGAAGCAGAUUUAAAGCAAAUACAGGCUCUGGUCCAGGGAACUCACACACGACUCAAAUAUUCCCAAACUGAACUUGAAAUGGUGAAGAAGAAGUAUCUUGCAGCUUUUUACCGGGAACAGUCUCAACUCCAAAGUGAACUACUAAAUAUCAAAUCACGGUGCACUAUGCUGGAUGAAGAGAUCAAAAAGGGACAGCAGAGAAUUGAAGAGUUUCAAGACAAGAUAAACAAGGUUGAAGAUGAUAUUUUCCAAAAUUUCUGUGAAGAAAUUGGCGUGGAAAAUAUUCGUGAAUUUGAGAAAAAGCAUGUUAAACAGCAACAAGAAAUUGAUCAAAAAAGAUUAGAAUUUGAGAAACAAAAAACUCGACUCAAUGUUCAACUCGAGUAUAGCCGCAAUCUGCUAAAGAAGAAGAAAAGUAAGAUAAACACUUUAAAAGAAACUGUCCAGAAAGGUAAAGAAGACCUCGAUAACCUGAGGAAGGCCGAAGAGAAUUGUCUGCAAGCUGUGGAAGAGCUCAUGGCCCAGCGCCAGAAGCUUAAGGACCAAUUUGGAGCUCAGAUGGCCAGCACGGAGAGAGCGCAGGCUCAGGUGGAGGAGGAGCGGAAGAGGAUUCUGGUGGUUGAAAGGGAAGUGGGGAAAUGUCAGAAAGAAGUUGUGGCCAUCCAGGGUGCCCUGGAGCAGAAGCGACUAGAGAAGCACAACUUGCUGCUUGACUGCAAAGUUCAAGACAUGGAGGUCGUUCUCUUGGUGGGAUCGCUAGACAACAUCAUAGACGUGGAGCUGGGGACCGACAUUGAAAGUACCCAGGCAACGACUGUCAUCUAUGACCGAGAAGAGGCCCUCAAGAUGGACUACAGCUCCCUGACCGAUGACUGGAAGGCUCUGGAAACUGACGAGGAAGUGGAGGCACAGAAGAAGCAGCUGCUGCAGCAGGUCAUGGUGCAGGAGGACCUUCUGCUGAGGACGGCAGCCCCGAACCUCAGAGCCCUGGAGAACCUGAAGACAGUCCGGGACAAGUUUCAGGAGUCCACAGAUGCUUUUGAGGCCAGCAGAAAGGAAGCCAGAAUAUGUAGGCAGGAGUUCGAACAGGUGAAAAGGAGGAGGUACGACCUUUUCAGCCAGUGUUUUGAGCACGUCUCAGUCUCAAUUGAUCAGAUCUACAAGAAGCUCUGCAGAAACGACAGUGCCCAAGCAUUUCUGAGCCCAGAGAACCCAGAAGAACCUUACUUGGAGGGAAUCAGCUAUAACUGUGUGGCGCCAGGCAAAAGGUUCAUGCCAAUGGACAAUUUGUCAGGUGGAGAAAAGUGCGUGGCCGCCCUGGCCCUGCUGUUUGCCGUGCACAGUUUUCGGCCUGCUCCAUUUUUUGUUCUUGAUGAAGUGGAUGCAGCCCUGGACAACACUAACAUUGGCAAAGUCUCGAGUUACAUCAAAGAGCAGACUCAAGAACAGUUCCAGAUGAUUGUCAUUUCCCUGAAGGAGGAAUUCUACUCCAAAGCUGACGCGCUCAUAGGCAUCUAUCCCGAGCAUGACCACUGCAUGUUCAGCCAAGUCUUGACCCUGGACCUCUCCCAGUACCCUGACACGGAAGACCACGAGAGCAGCAGGAGACAGCGCCAGUCCCGUUAG